GCGCCUCGUCCUCUCCGUCCCACCACCAGCGAGGAGGGAGCGGCGGCCGCCUGUUCGACGGAAUGGCGCAAUGGGACGCGCUCGUGGACGCCGCGCUCGGCGAGCUGGCGUCCAGGAGCCUCCUGCGCGCCACGCGCCCCAUCUCCCUGGCGCUGCCGCCCGCGCCGCCGGAGACCUUCCCAGGCCCCGGCCCGUGGGACCGCGCCGCCGUCGAGAUCCGCGUCGACCGCGCCACCCUCCACCAGUGGCUCGCCGAAGGUGGCGAGGCCAGUGGCCAGGAAGAGGAGCUGGGUGAGAAGCUCAUUCUUUUCUCCGGGAAUGACUACAUGGGACUCAGCUCACAUCCGGCAGUCCGUGAGGCCGCAGCAAAGGCAGCUCAAGAGUAUGGCAUGGGCCCUAGAGGCUCCGCAUUGAUAUGUGGGUAUACUACUUAUCACAAAUUGGUGGAGGAAUCAUUGGCAGAGUUGAAGAAAAAAGAGGAUUGCCUUCUCUGCCCCACCGGAUUUUCUGCCAAUAUGGCUGUGAUGACUGCUCUGGGAAGUAUCAGCUCUCUUUUGGCGGUUGGCAGAAAACCUGCAAAGGACGAGAGAAUUGCUAUUUUUUCAGAUGCCCUGAAUCAUGCUUCAAUCAUCGAUGGGAUUCGCCUUAUUGAGCGGCAGCAAGAAGCUGUAGUGUUUGUCUACAAGCACUGUGACAUGUCCCAUCUUGAUUUCCUCCUGUCCAGUUGCUCAAUAAAAAAGAAAGUUGUUGUCACAGAUAGCUUGUUUAGCAUGGAUGGUGAUUUUGCUCCAUUACCUGAACUUGUGGAACUACGCAGGAAGUAUGGAUUUUUAUUGGUCAUCGAUGAUGCCCAUGGAACACUUGUUUGUGGUGAUAAUGGUGGUGGUGUACCCGAGCUGCUUGAAUGUGAGAGUGGAAUUGACAUAAGUGUUGGCACCUUGAGCAAGGCUGCUGGCUGCCAGGGUGGGUUUGUGGCAUGCAGCACCCGAUGGAAGAGUUUAAUUCAGUCGCGAGGUCGUUCGUUCAUUUUUUCAACUGCUUUGCCAGUGCCAGUAGUUGCUUCUGUUCAAGCUGCGCUCCAUGUCUCGAGGAAGGAACGAUGGCGGAGAUUAUUGGUCUGGAGGCAUGUGCAGUAUUUUGCAUCCUUGACUAAACUCAAUAUAACUAGUCCCAUAAUUUCCAUAGUAGUAGGAAGUGAAGAAGCAGCAUUGAGGGCUGGCAGGCAUAUGCUAAGAUCUGGAUUUCAUGUUACACCAAUUCGACCACCCACCGUGCCGCCCAACUCAUGCAGGCUGCGAAUAACUUUGAGUGCUUCUCAUUCCUCGGAUGACAUCAAGAGGCUGGUCGACGCGCUCGCUCCCUGGCUAUCUGGCAAACAUGCCAAGCAGAGCUUUGUCGAGGGGCAUUCUGAGCAGAGCUAUGUCGCAGCAUCAAAACUGUAAGCAGUGUGAAUUGAAGCUUGUAGGCAGUGACACUAGAUGUGCUGGAUUAUGUGGGAGAAAACGCCCACGUCGGAAUAAGUCGGUAGAUGUCGACGUGAUCAUCUGUAUCCAUUUCACAUGCCACAAAAUGUUUCCAUAAUUGGUAUAUAUGAUCUUAUGAGGCAUACUACCCUGAAAGAUACUAUUGAUGUAGACAUGGAUUUGGGUAGUUUCUAUAUUGGGAGCUUGAGCCUGUUCUGUGACUGGAAA